CCAACGCCAGUGUUUCGCGACCGGUACUUUCAAUUCUUCAUUAAAAUGGUAUCAACGUUGCUACAUAAAUGCUUUGUAAUAUUUUUUAUACUAAAGUGCUGCCAAGCCGACGAAAAUUUGGGGUGGGGAGAAAACAUUACCAAGUUGUAUGAGUUGAUCUCAAGUGCCGUUAAGGAUGGUAUUGAUCUCAAAACUCCACAAUUAACUAGAAGAAUAUUUGUAAAUGACUCAUUAUAUCAGGUACACCUGAAUAAACUUAAAGAUGUAAAUGGAUUUAAAAUGCAUAAUAUUGUUAUCAAACGCAGCGGUCCAGACAUUAAUUCAACAAUAUAUAUUAAUAAUCCAUUAGAAGCUAAAUUUCCGCAUCCUUUCAUAUCUUUGGAAGAAUUUAAAAACACGUUAGUGCAACAACAACUUAAAGACAGGGAUGCGUUUUUGAGAUCGAAAAAGAAAGCAGAAUACAGUAAAAUGUGGGCUGAUAUAAAAGCUACGGCUAAAUUAAAAACAAGAUCCACUUUACCAAAACGAGCUCGUCAAGACGAAAAUUUAAAAAAGAAAACUGGUAGUAACUUAAGCAAUACUAAUAAUAGAAGUAAAUCGGAGAUUGAGCAAGAGCAUAAAUCAAAUACAACACAUGUUAAUGAACUAACAACAAAAAUUAAUACAGUUAAUAAGUCUUCUACCGCAUACUUCCGUGUUAAGCUACUCGAUUUAGGAGAACAAAAUCCAACAACAAACAGUUCACCUACGAAUAAAGCCGACGAGAAUAGCAUACAUUCAAAAGAUAUGAACGUUGUAAAACAAUCAGAUACCACAAAACCGAAUAAUAUCAAUAAAGAACAAUUAUCCAUUGUUGAAGAUUCAAUCAAUACUACGGAACAUAUAUCAAGCACAAUUGAUGGAACAACUAUUAAAGAAGAAUUACCUGCUAGUAAUGAUAAUCCUGCAUUAAGUACUAUUGAUGGAAAAGUAGCAAAUAUAGUAGGAGAAGCGACUACAAAUGAUGAUGGCGUGUGGAAGGGUGUUGAAGAAAAGGAACAGACAAAUAUGGAAGAUAAAAGUGAAGAAACGAGAACCGAAGAAUCAACAACCGAACCUACUACUACUACCACCAUUUCUACUACUACUACAACUCUACCUACGCCCACUACUACUAGAGAGCGAUGGAGUAGACCUCGCGUGCUUUUGGGGGAUAAGCCGGAAGGCGCUUCAUCAACAACUAGUUAAAUAUUUCAUUUGUCUAAUUCUAAUUGAUGCUGUAAUUAACAAUAGGAACAAUAAAUUCAUCCGUCCUAUUUAUUUAAUACUCUCAUACUUAUUGCGCUAAAUUGCUGAUCAGAUUUAAUCAUAAUUUGAGAUUGAAU